AUGUUGCACAGAAUAAAAUGUAACCUGAAGAAGAAAUUUGAGUCUGUAUUUGAAGGGAAAGCUAAGGAAGGGCAGUCAACACUUCUCAAAGAGAUUUACACAGAACUCUACAUAACUAAAGGUGGAACUGGAGGAGUCAAUGAUGAACAUGAAGUGAGACAGAUUGAAACAGCAUCCAAGAAAAGGGUAACAGAAGAUACUACAGUCAAGUGCAAUGAUAUAUUUAAACCCUUAUGUGGGCGUGAGACACCUAUCAGAACUGUACUCACUAAAGGGGUUGCAGGUAUCGGGAAAACAGUCUCUGUGCAGAAAUUUAUUCUCGACUGGGCAGAAGGAAAAGCAAACCAGGACAUUCAUGUCAUAUUUGCUCUUCCUUUCCGGGACCUGAAUUUGCUUGAAGGUGAAUUCAGUCUGAUUGAACUGCUUCACCACUUUGAUCCAGAACUAAAGUCAUUUCAAUCAACUGAACUGCUUAAGUACAAAGUGUUGUUUAUCUUUGAUGGUCUAGAUGAGUGUCGCCUUCUUCUAAAUUUUAAGAACAAUAAGAGCUUUAGUGAUGUAACAAAGAAAACGUCACUGGAUGUGCUGUUGACUAACCUAGUUAAUGGGAAUCUGCUUCCAUCCGCUCUCCUCUGGAUAACCUCCCGGCCAGCAGCAACCAGUCAGAUACCUACUGAAUUCAUCGACCAGGUGACAGAGAUACGAGGGUUCAGUGAUGCCCAGAAGGAUGAGUAUUUCAGGAAGAGAUUUAAUGAUGAGAGCCUGGCUGAAAGGAUUAUCAGACAUGUGAAAUCAUCAAGGAGCCUCUUCAUCAUGUGCCACAUACCUGUGUUCUGCUGUAUUUCAGCCACUGUCCUUGAGAGUCUUUUUAGCGAAACUGGCAGUGGAGAAAUUCCAAGGACUUUGACUGAAAUGUACACACACUUCCUGAUCUUUCAGACAAGAUUAAUUAAAAACAAGUAUAGACCCCAGACCUCCGCAACCCAGAAUAGGACAAGCUGGUACAGCAAACUGAAGGAUGGAUUAAUGAAAAAGAAUGAAACUAACAAUAUUAGAUGCUUCCUUCUAAAACUGGGUAAACUGGCUUUUUAUAACCUUGAGAAAUGCAAUCUCAUAUUUUAUGAGAAAGAUCUGGAACAGAGUGAUCUUGACAUCAGAGAAGCUUCAGUUUACUCUGGAGUGUGCACAGAAGUCUUUAAGGAGGAAUAUGGGUUGUAUCAGACAAAGAUGUUCUGCUUUGUGCAUCUGAGCAUCCAGGAGUAUCUCGCUGCUUUAUACGUCUUUCUGUCAAAGUCAUCAGCUACCCUACUGAAGACUGCAGUGGAUCAGGCAUUAAAGAGCAAGAAUGGACACUUGGACCUCUACCUCCGCUUCCUCCUGGGCCUUUCAACAGACUCCAGUAAGACUCUCUUAGAAAGGCUACUGGGUCAGACAGGAUUCAGCUCACAUAACAUUGGGAAAACAGCCGAAUACAUCAAGGGGAAAAUAAAAAAGAAAUUAUCUCCAGAAAGGACCAUCAACCUGUUCCACUGUCUGAAUGAACUGGGUGACAAUUCUCUAGUAGAGGAGGUACAAAGAUAUUUGAAUUCAGGAAGUCUUUCAGCAGAAGGUCUGUCAUCUGUACAGUAUUCAGCUCUGGCCUUUGUGUUACUGAUGUCAGAUGAGGAGCUGGAUGUGUUUGAUCUGAAGAAAUUCUUCAGAUCAGAUAAUGAGCACUGGAGGCUGCUGCCUGUGGUCAAGACAUCCAAGACAGCUCUGCUGAACAUCUGUAAUCUCACAGAGUCAUGCUGUGACACGUUGGCUUUAACUCUCAGAUCAAACUCCUCACCCCUGAGAGAGCUGGACCUGAGUAACAAUGACCUGCAGGAUUCAGGAGUGAAGCUGCUCUCUGCUGGACUGGGGGAUUCACACUGUAAGCUGGAGAUACUGAGGCUGUCAGGCUGUAGAGUCACAGAGGGAGGCUGUACUUUCCUGGCUUCAGCUCUGAGAUCAAACCCCUCACAUCUGAGAGAGCUGGACCUGAGCUACAAUCACCCAGGAUACUCAGGAGUGAAGCUGCUCUCUGCUGUACUGGAGGAUCCCAGCUGUAAACUGGAGAAGCUGAAUGUGGAUCACAGUGGAGAGUGCAGGACCAGACAAGGCUUCCAGAAAUACUCCUGCCAGCUGACGUUGGACCCCAACACAGUAAACAGACGCCUGUCUCUGUCAGAGGGAAACAGGAAGGUGACAUGGGGGGCAAAGCAGCCAUAUCCUGAUCUUCCAGAGAGAUUUGACAGCUGGCCCCAAGUUCUGUACAAGGAGAGUCUGACUGAUCGCUGUUACUGUGAGGCUGAGUGGAGUGGAAAUGGAGCCCUGAUAGGAGUGACUUAUAAAGGAAUAGAGAGGAAAGGAAGGAGUGCUGACUGUCAGCUUGGAGCCAAUGACAAGUCAUGGAUGCUGCGCUGCUAUCCUGACAGUUACUCUGUCCGGCACAAUGAUAAACAGACUGACAUACCCAUAGAGCCCUCAGACUCCCGCAGAGUAGGAGUGUAUCUGGACCAGGCAGCUGGUUCUCUGUCCUUCUACAGAGUCUCCUCUGAUGGACUGACCCUCCUGUACAGCUUCACCUCCUCAUUCACUGAACCCCUUUAUCUAGGGCUUAGGGUUUAUAUACACUCCUCCGUGUCGCUGUGCAUGCUGGGAUAGCUCACUGUGUGCUGGAGGAAUCAUUUUUACCUUACCAGAGUGUCACAUGUCGCUACUUCUCCAUGGCAAAAAGGUAAAAUCUCUGCUUUUUAACCAGUAUAACCCUUUUUACUCUGU